AUGGCGAUGGAAUUGGCGCGCGAGCGGACAGUCUCCGCCUGCCUGCCCUCCGCCUACCGCCUCUCCUACCUCCUCCUCCGCACCAUUCACCGCCAUUCUUGCGCCUCCGCGCCUUCCGCCACUUCCCCUUCCGCCCCUCUCCGCCUUCUCGCCUCCCCCUCCCCCUCUCCGCCGCUUUCCCUUCCGCUGUCUGCGUUUCCCGCGCGCGCACCCGUCUGCAUUCCCCCUUCCGCCCCGCGCGCGCCUGACGCUCCUUCCCGUCUCACUUCCGCCCCGACUUCCGCCAUCCCUUCUAUUCUAGCCCCGUCCGCUUCCGCCUUCCCCCCGCACGAUUUCCCCGCGCCCCCGCUACAAUCACAACCGCAAAGCACAUUCCCAUGCCGAACCUGGCCGCAAAACUAUCGAGGUUCGGCAGCCUCGGUCCUCUUCUCCCCUGUCCGUACCUCCAGCUUCGGCAUCCCCGCCGCAAGGAGCUUCACCGCAGCAGCGGACGGCGCAGCGGGAAACGCGGGGAACCACCAGCAUAGUCCGGGAGUAGUCGGCAUGUCGGACGAUCGCGAGGCGGCGUUAGACUCGGUAGUUAAAGUGUUCGGCGUCGCGAGCAGCCCUAACUACUGGCUUCCCUGGCAGAGCAAGCCGCAGCGCGAGGUGACGGGGUCCGGAUUCGUCGUAUCGGGACGGCGCAUCCUCACGAGCGCGCACGUCGUCGCGGACCACACGUUUGUACUCGUUAGAAGGCACGGAUCCCCUAAGAAGUUCCUCGCUACUGUAGAAGCUGUAGCACACGAUUGCGACCUGGCGCUGCUCUCAGUGAAGGACCCCGCGAGCGUGGGCAGCGGGGAGGGGGGGAUCAACGGCGGGGGCAGCGGGGAUGCGCGCGCGGACAGCGAGGAGUUCUGGGAGGGCAUGCGCGCGCUGGAGCUGGGGGACGUGCCGCUUCUGCAGGAGUCGAUCGCCGUGGUGGGAUACCCACAAGCAUCAGCAUCACCAUGGGCGUGGUGCACAGCGCGGCUCACUUUGCUGCCCAUUCAUACUGUUCCCUCGCUCACCUCUCCCUUUCCCACCCACCACACCACCACCCCGUGCCAGGCGGUGACAACAUCAGCAUCACCAUGGGUGUGGUGUCACGGGUGGAGCCAGUACGUGCACAGUGCGGCGCACCUGCUGGCCAUUCAGAUCCACACCUCUCCCUCUUCUUCCCAACACGUUCCACCGUCCCCUAUGUCAGGCGGUGACAACAUCAGCAUCACCAUGGGAGUCGUCUCAAGAGUGGAACCAACUCAAUACGUGCACAGCGCAGCGCACCUGCUGGCCAUUCAGAUCGACGCUGCCAUCAACCCCGGAAACAGCGGUGGCCCCGCCCUCAUCAUGGCCCCUGCCGCCCCUGCCGCCGCCCCUGCUGCCGCCGCACCUCCCGCCCCUGCCGCCCCUGAUGCGGGAGGGGAAGGAGUCGAAGGGGGGAUGGGAGAGGGAGCGGGAGGGGUGGAAGGAGGAUGGGGGAGUGGCGGGGAAGCAGGGGGGGGAGGGAUGGGGAGAGGGGUGUGGGGGGAGGGGGGGGUGAGGGGGAGCAGGGGGGCGGAAGGGGCCCAGCAGUUGGAAUACCGCGUGGCAGGGCUGGCGUUCCAGAACCUGUCAGGAGCGGAAAAUAUCGGCUACAUCGUCCCAGUGCCCAUCAUCCGUCGUUUCCUAGCAGACGCAUCUCUGGGGCACCGCCGCUUCCCGGGCUUUGCUUCGCUGGGCGUGUCCUGCCAGCCGCUCGAGAACUGGCAGCUGCGGGCGCACCUCAAGAUGCCACGUGGUGCCACGGGAGUGGUCGUGAACGCGGUGCAGCCGCUGAGCGACUCCAGCCGCUGGCUGCGGAAUGAUGAUGUGCUCACGGCGUUUGACGGCGUUCCCAUCGCCAAUGACGGGUCAAUCAUGUUCCGCAAGAGGGAGCGGCUGCCAUUUGACUACCUCGUGUCGCUCAAGCCAGUGGGGGAAACCGCUCGAGUGUCGGUGCUGCGGCACGGGCAGCCCAUGGACUUCCACAUCCGCCUCAACCCGAUCCCAGCACUGGUGCCAGCGCAGCAGUUUGACAUCUCCCCCUCCUACUUCAUCUUCGCGGGCCUGGUGUUUGUGCCGCUGACCCAGCCCUACCUGCACGAGUACGGCCCUGACUGGUUCAACAGCAGCCCGAGACGGCUGUGCGAGCGCGCACUGAGGGAUAUCCCCUCCAAGCCCAGCCAACAGAUUGUGAUUCUGUCACGGGUGCUGGCAGAUGAGGUGAACUCCGGCUUUGAACGGCUGGCGGAGCUGCAGGUCAAGCGAGUCAACGGCAAGGAGGUGGAGAACUUGAGGCAGCUACGUGACGAAGUGCUACAGUGCACGGACGGCUUCGUCAGAUUUGAUUUGGACGACGACCGCGUGAUCGCUGUCAGCGUAGCUGCUGCCAAAAAGGCAAGCGCUCAGAUCCUGAGGCGCUACCGCGUGCCGUGUGCUUCCUCCUGGGAUCUGCAACAAGGUGACGCAGAGAAGGGCGAGGCAACGGUUCAAGCAGGGGCGUCUUGA